AACGCUUGUCAGCCAGACAGAGCAUCUUCAGUCUGGUACGGACAGCUGGGGGUCUCCACUUGGCUUUAAGAGCACUGCCAGUUUAAGAGGACGCCCACUUCUUUAAACCCGGAGCUGUGCGCACGGAGCGCGUAAAAAUUAGCGGACUGAUUUCAAGAACUCACUUUAAAAAGAAAGAAAGAGGGCGAAAAAUGGUUAUGUCUCACUUCAGGUUCGCCUGGACGACUUGACUCAGUAAACAGAGACGCGACCGGAUUUUUAAAAAAAAUAAAAACAACCCUCUCUUCUGAGAUAUUUUUUCUUAUUUCUUUCCAUUGGUGCUCCUUUGACCGACACUCAGCAUGAUGUCCUAUUUGAAGCAACCGCCCUACACGAUGAACGGACUGAGCUUAUCUACCUCAGGAGUGGACCUGCUGCAUCCUUCCGUGGGAUACCAAGGAACCCCCCGCAAACAGAGAAGGGAGAGGACGACCUUCACUCGGGCCCAGCUCGACGUGCUGGAGAAUCUGUUCGCCAAGACUCGGUACCCGGACAUCUUCAUGAGAGAGGAGGUGGCCUUAAAGAUCAACCUGCCUGAAUCCAGAGUGCAAGUGUGGUUUAAAAACCGACGGGCCAAACAUCGCCAGCAGGCCCAGCAAACCCAGACUGGCGUGCAGAACAAGGCUGUCAGCAGGCCGGUGAAAAAGAAAGGCUCGCCGGUUCGAGAGGCCAGCUCAGAGAGCGGAGCCAGCGGCCAGUUCACGCCGCCUUCGAGCACCUCAGUCCCGGCUGUGAGCAGCAGUGCGGCUCCCGUGUCCAUCUGGAGCCCUGCUUCCAUCUCCCCGCUCUCAGACCCACUGUCUACCUCCUCCUCCUCCUGCAUGCAGCGCUCGUACCCCAUGACUUACACCCAGGCGACGGGCUACAACCAGGGUUACACGGGCUCCUCGUCCUACUUCACGGGGAUGGACUGCAGCUCCUACCUUUCGCCCAUGCACCACCAGCUCUCCGCCGCAGGCUCUGCCAUGAGCCCCAUGAGCAGCAACGGGGUGUCCAGCCACCUGAGCCCGGCGUCGUCCCUCUCCUCCUCGGCGUAUGGACCGGCGGGGCUCGGGUUCAGUGGCUCUGCAGACUGCCUGGACUACAAGGACCAAACAGCCUCCUCGUGGAAGCUCAAUUUCAACGCGGACUGUCUGGAUUACAAAGACCAAUCAGCGUGGAAAUUCCAAGUGUUGUGAGGGGUACAAAAUAAAUGGACAGCUGUCGUUAACUGCAGACUGUACAGGCAAAUUAAAGCCCAAGGUUUGGAGAGGCAAGUGUGGUGUUUCCCCCCUCACACACCACCACGACCAGAGGCCCUAACUUCUACCUCGGGGCAAAGCUUAGACGAGGACUGGCGGGCGGCUGUCUCGCGUGUUGGGCUAACUUAUUAAAAAUACACUGACUUCUUAACUUUGAUCAAGGGAACGGAACAAAUUUGUUAACCAAAAGUGAGGAAAAGGAUCAAGAGAUCGAAAGAUCCGAAUCCUAACUUGGUUCAGUUUGAGGGACAGGCCAUGUUUUCUCCUUAGCUACUUAAAGACUCCCAUCUUGUCUUUUUUGUUUUUAUUAUUAAUUUUGCUGGAUCGCUGAAGAGCCCCUUUGAUGAAAGCGCUGCGCAGGAGAACGUGUGCUUGCGCUGUGAGUGAGAGCAGCUCUGAACAUGAACCUGGAUGCACUAUUUAAUUUAUGAGAAAAUAUGUGGAAGUUACGAGACAAUCAGUCCAUGUACGUGUGAGCAUAAAAUCCCUGAUGUGUUUAUUUUGCCCUUGUGUCUGCAUUUUUUUUUGUACAACCUGUAUGCAAUUGCGCUUUGCGCAAAACCCGUGUGCCACGAGCCAGCUGUGAAUUUGAUAGUUUUUUUUAAUGUCUCGGGUGUUGUUGAUAAAUUAUUAUAAGGAGAUAUUAGUUAAAUAAAAUAGGGAGUGCACGAUGAAUGAAGCAAGCAGUGAGGAAUUUCACUCGAGCUGUAAAGG